GCUGUUGUGUCGAUUGGUGCUAUUGUGUUGUCUGCGCUGGUUGGAAAGCGUUGCUACGGCACGGAUCUAUAGCUCGAUAUAACAAACCGUUGUUUAAUCUAUAAGAAGUGUCCUUUCCAUUACAGAAGUGUGAUAAAGUGUGUAGAGAAAAUCCACCGUCUGGAAUCUCAAUCAAAAGUGCCUAUAAUAGUGCCUGAUGUAAUUCUUCUUAAAGGAUAAAAGAAAAGUUACUUUCAUUGUAGGCGUGUGCCAGAAGUGCCACAACUCGGAGGAGAUUUAUAGACACAUCGCGAGCCGUCCACCAACGCACCAAGGCGUAAUUUAUAGAUCACCAAUCGCUAAGCAAUCACCGCCAUCGUGGAGCAAAAACACGGCCAAACGCUUACCGGCAAGAAGAUGGCCAGCACGGGAGACAUUUGGCUGCAGUGGUUCUCCUGCUGCUUCCAUCAGCCGCAAAGCCCCCGGCGACGAAGACAUCACCAGCGCCUUCGUAUCGAUCGUUCGAUGAUCGGCAAUCCGACCAACUUUGUCCACACCGGCCACAUUGGAUCAAACGAUGUUGAACUGUCCACCAACCAUCUUUCCGCCAUACAGAACCAGAUGCAAAGUAAAGGUGGUUACGACAUGAACUCGCUCCGGUUACAGACAUGCUGAUAUCCAUUGCAGCUACUCCUUCAAAACACUGCCUAUUGUAACAUCGUUUAAUUUAUGAUGCAUGUGGAUCCCCCAAGGACUGGUGAAUUGUUUCCGAAUUCGAUCGUCAGAGUCAGAAGAAACACAAACUACGGAGCGGUGCGGAAAUUAUUUUUCUGACCAUAUUUCCAUUCGUGGAGCAUAGUUCUUUCAAACCCAAGAUGCAACAUCAUUUCGUUCGAAUGAUGAUCAUGUUUUGCAUCUUGGACGGAAACAGAGAGAAUCCGCAUGUGGCAAAAAAAGUGCCUUAAAUGAGACCAUAUCACAUUCGAGUAAAAUUUAAUUACGUUCGAAGCCAUCGCACUUGCUCGACGAUCGAUAAAAAAUGGAAAAUUGUAGCCGAUAUGAUCCUACUUCGUUGUGCACAGAUUGUGGUAGAGCAAAACAAAAUCCUAUGCGCUCGCACCAUACUUGUAUAUUUGUAAAUAGUUCCUUUAUUGAUAUUAGCUAACGAGUUUUUGAUAACACAUAUUAACGUUAGCGGGCAGAGGCACAGGAGAUCUACCAGACCGUUUCAUGCUACUGCAGUUGGAUAGGGACGAAUCCGUCGAUUUGCUGCUGAGUUGUUGGAAAAAGGAAACGUUAGGUAGUAAGGAUAGAUUAAAGUUAAGCGCAAAACUCUAUUCAUUAGUGGACGUUAUUAUACUGUCCUCCUCUCGCUAUACCGUUUAAUAUUAAGUGCUGUGCGUCAAUAAAAUGCCCGUUAAAAUAUGCAACUAAUUUUGUAAGAAAACCAACUGGACCCGAACGACCGAACGUUCGGUAAAACUUAAAAUGUGCUAACAAAUAAAAAAUAAAGAAAAUAUUU